GACGCGGACGCCACGAUCUUCGACAAGAUUUUAGCCGGCGACAUCCCCUCGGACAAGGUCUACGAGGACGACCUCUGCUACGCCUUCCGCGACAUCAACCCCGUCGCGCCGACGCACGUGCUGCUCAUCCCCAAGGUCCGCUCGGGCCUCACGCAGCUCCGCCACGCGUCCCCGGACCAGGCCGCGCUGCUGGGCCACCUCAUGUCCAAGGUCGGCGCCGUCGCCGCAGCCGCGGGGCUCGGCGACGCGGGCUACCGCCUGGUCGUCAACGACGGCGCGGACGCGUGCCAGACCGUCUUCCACCUCCACCUCCACAUCAUCGGCGGCCGCGAGCUCGCCUGGCCGCCGGGC